UUCCCCACACGGCCGGCGGCGCGUUGGCCAACGUCCCGCUCCAUGUCGGCCACCGCGCUCUUCCUGCCCGCAAACCCAAACUCCACGCCUAGUCCCGCUGGCACUCUCCGUCUCCGGCAACCUGCGCCGGCUUCCACCUCCGGAAAGCUCCACUUCCCGCUCCGCCUCCCCCGCCAUGCCCGCGCUAGGACCUAUCGCCCCGCCGCGUUCGGGAGGGGAUCGCCUGUGGCCGGGCGUAGAGAGAAGGAUCACUACGCCACGCUGAACAUCCGCCGCGACGCCACGCUCCAGGAGAUCAAGGCUGCCUACCGGAUUCUCGCCCGCAAGUACCAUCCUGAUAUGAAUAAGAGUCCUGAAGCCGAAGAAAAGUUCAAGGAGAUCAGUGCUGCAUAUGAGGUUCUAUCUGAUCAAGAUAAAAGAUCUUUAUAUGACCGCUUUGGAGAAGAGGGGCUCAGUGGUGAUUACAGAGAUGGAGAUAUUGGCACACAUGGGAUUGAUCCAUAUGAACUCUUCAAUGCAUUCUUUGGUGGUUCUGACAACCUUUUUGGGGAUAGUAUGGGCCCUGGGGGAUUUCGUUAUAGUGCAGAAGCAAAGGGCAGUAGGGCACUUAAUAUCAGCUAUAAUCUGCUCCUUUCUUUUGAAGAAUCCAUCCUAGGAGGCAAACGUGAAAUCAAUGUUUUUCGCCAUGAAACAUGUGGCACCUGCCAUGGAACUGGAGCUAAAUGUAGCAAUGACAUUACAGAAUGCACCCGAUGCAGAGGUCAAGGCAGGUUGAUGAAAACUCAAAGGACACCUUUUGGUAUAGUUUCUCAGAUUUCUUCAUGCUUAAAUUGUGAAGGCAGCGGGAAGGUAAUCACUGAACAUUGCACAGAAUGUUACGGUUCGGGCAGAGUCCAAGUUGAACGCAUUAUCAAAGUAGAUAUACCUGGGGGUAUUGAUGAGGGCUCCACCAUUCGAAUCAGUGGUGGAGGUAAUGUUGAUAAGCAAAGGGGUGCAAGUGGUGACCUGUAUAUAUUUGUUCGCAUUAAUGAAAAACAAGGCAUCCACAGAGAUGGUCUCAAUUUGUACUCAGAUGUUUCAGUUGAUUAUACUGAUGUGAUUUUAGGAACCACAGUGAAGGUUGAAACAAUAGAAGGACUCAAGGAUCUUCACAUUCCUCCUGGCACUCAACCUGGAGAGAACUUAAAAUUUUCUCAACUGGGAGUUCCGGACAUUAAGAAGCCUAAUGUCAGAGGAGAUCACUACUUCAUGAUAAAGGUGAAGAUCCCGAAGAGUAUCAGUGGCCAUGAACGUUUGCUAGUUGAAGAGCUUGCCGCACUAAAGAAAGCUCAGAAUAUCUCAGUUCAAGAAACUACAAAAAUAGAAAAUUUUCGGGAGAGAAACCAUCAUCCAUCUGCAAAGAGAAGAUCAUUCUUGGGAUCUAUCUGGAAUUUGUUCAGGGAUGAUAAUGGCCAUCAGAGAUUUGCUUCAAUCAGUGUGCAACCUAUUAUCCCAGGAUUGAAUUCUGGCCGAGGAACUGAUACUGCUUUUCCCUUGCUGUUAAAAGGACUCCUCAUGACCGCAGCAUUCUUAUUUUUAGUCAGCAGAACCAGUAAACUCAGGUACAUUCGGAAGCGCGUUGACCGUGCAACUCAAGCCAAAAUACCUGCAGAGCCAGAUUCCAGACCGAUACAGGCGCAGCAGCAGAAGGAUUCACACUGCGCCAUGUCUUUCCGGCCGCCGCCGCAUCCGUACCACCGGAAUCCACGGCGAGUCCGCUUCGCCUGCUAUCUCCUCGUACUCACCUUCGCUCUCCUCGUCGUCUCCACCGCCGCCAAGUCCUCCCGCCGCCCCAUCUCCGACAACGAGAUCCGGCAGAAGAAGGAGGCCUGCUACACCGACGUCGAGAACGGGCUGUGGGGGUGGGUGUGCAGGUCCUCGCCGACGGAGAAGGAGAACUGCGUGCUGCGCUGCCUCUCGCCGGAGUGCUACGACCUCAUAUACGGCGGCGAUCCACUUGAGGAAGGGGAGUUGGACUAUGUUCGAGGCCAGGAGUACAAGUACUGUAUGCACAAAUCAUCCCUUGGAGAAAGCUUGGAUGGUGUGAAGGGAUCCUUCAGCUACUCAUGAAGGAAUGAGAAGAAAAAGGUUCAGUCUACUGUAAAUUUUAUUUUUCAAUCUUGAACAGACAUGCAUAUUUUUUUUAGAUAAUGGAAUUAUAAAUUCCAGACUUCGCUUUUUCCCAAAGCAUCACCGGUGCACCACCUUAUUAUAUUAAUCUUGAUGAGGGAAUUUCAGUACCUAUUAGGUCUUGGUAGUAAAUAAACUAAGGGGUGUUUGGUUGCUAGCCACACUUUGGCACAGUUCACCUUAGGCAAAUUUGACCAAGUUGGCAAGUGUUUGGUUGGUAACUAAAUUUAGACAAGAUCCCUUAGGCAUGGCAAAGUGUGGCCCACCAUCUUUGAACAUGCCCGGACCAACGACCUGUAUGCGUCACUGCAGUGGCCAACCAGCUGUUUGGUUGGUAAUGAUUGCACUGAAUCUGCUGAU